GCACAUUCUCUCUUAGAAAACUCAGAAGUUGUCAAAAAGCCAAGCCCGAAUCAUUGCUCAUCCUCCAUUCGUCCAUACCAUCUUUUCUUCUCCGAACAUCUCAGUCCAGCAUCAUGGCCAUCAUCGCUGUCGCAGGAGGCACUGGCAACCUUGGCCGCACUUUGGUCAAGGCCAUCGUCGCCAACGGCAAGCACGAAGUUAGGAUCCUUGGCAGAAAGGCCAACCCCGAUCUCGAGAAGACACUAGGAGCCGCCAUCAUCCCCGUUGACUACACCGACAUUGUGGCAACGACCAAGAUCCUCGAAGACAACAAUAUUCACACGGUUGUCUCUGCCAUCGCCAUGCUCGUCUUUGGCGACGCCCCUCCCGAAGUGGAGCUAAUCCGCGCCGCUGACGCCUCCAAGACCACCAAGAGAUUCAUCGCCAGCGGCUGGGGCAUCCCUCACACCAAAGACCAAGCCAGCCAACUUGUCUCUGUGCCCCACAAGCUUAAUGCCGCAAGGGCUCUGGAGGAGACCAAGGAUCUUGAGUACACCAUUGUCCACAACGGCAUGUUACUCGAUUACUGGACCACCAAGUCUACAGAAAUGUCGCCCUUCUCUCUUAUCGUCGACGUAGCGCACAAGGUCGCAGCCAUUCCGGGCGAUGGAAACACCCCCGUCGCCUUCACUCACACCUCUGACGUCGCCGAGUACGUCACUGUCCUCCUGGAUGCUGAGGAGUGGGACGCCGACUCGACCAUUGUUGGUGACAAGGUGACCUGGAACGAGUUUGUGAGACUGGCUGAAGCUGCCCACGGCGCCAAAUUCGACGUGAGGUACGACACCCUAGAGGACCUCAAGAACGGCAAGGUCACGGAGCUGCCGAGUCAGGUUGCCGCGUACCAAUUUGUUCCGAAGGAGGUUUUCCAGGGAUUUUGCAUCACUUUUGGGCAGUGGUUCGCCUUGGGUGCUUUCGACCUGACUCCCUCAAAGGUCCUGCCUGGCCUCAAGCCCUUGACCGUUAAGGAUGCUCUGGAGUAUAAGUGAUCCGGUAACGAGACGUUGAUAGUUAGAUGAUAAUACGUACGUUCAGAACAG